UUUGAUUGACCUUUUAAAUUCUGUAUGAUUUCCCUAAAAGGAACAUUGAAAUCCUAGCCCUAACCCAAAUAUAUCAAUAAGCUUGCAAUUAAAAACUGUACAAGCUGUUGCUAUUCUACCUUUCAGUUAGUGAAACAAUAGGGAAAUACCUGAGAAGGGUCAUAAGCCUUAUUCUUAGUGGGGUUCUGCCUGUGCUUCCAGUGUCAUCCUGUGAGUUGAUGCAGUUGCUUUUGAAAAAUUGAUCUUAAGUGAAAUAUUUCAUGAGUAAAAUCAGUGUUUGUUGGGGGGUAAAUGAGAUGAUUUUGUUGGCAUUUGAAAUGCAAAAUCUUUAAUAUGCUGGUACAAACUGUGGGACAUCCUGGAGUUAGAACUCUACUGUGUAGUUCCAUGAAAAAAUGGUUUCAUGAGCCUAAACUCGUGUUUGAAAUGCUUAAUCUAUCCCAACUGCAUAACUUGCAGUUUGUAGCUCCUGCUGUAGUUGAUGAGUCCUCUUGAGGAGAAGAAGCACAACAAAAUAUGCUGGCAUAGCAAUUUAUGGCCUUAGUACAGCUUUCAGAAGAGAGAAAUUAGGUGGCUUGAGAGAAAUACAACAGUGGUAAAAGGUUGAGCUCCAUCAAAACACUAAAUUUGUAAUGAAAUGGAGUCUGGGUCAAGCUCCUUUCGAGUGGAAUUUCCAGAUUUUUCUAGCACCAUAUUGCAGAAGUUAAACCAACAGCGCCAGCAAGGACAAUUAUGUGAUGUGUCCAUUGUGGUUCAAGGCCAUCUUUUCAGAGCCCAUAAAGCUGUUCUUGCAGCUAGUUCACCUUACUUCUGUGAUCAGGUUCUCCUGAAAAACAGCAGGCGAAUAGUCCUGCCUGAUGUGAUGAAUCCUAGAGUAUUUGAAAACAUUCUUCUGUCUACCUAUACAGGCCGGCUGGUAAUGCCUGCACCAGAAAUUGUUAGUUAUCUGACAGCAGCAAGUUUCCUUCAGAUGUGGCACGUAGUGGAUAAGUGCACUGAAGUGCUUGAGGGAAACCCAACAGUUCUGUGUCAGAAGAUGAAUCAUGGCAGUGACCAUCAGUCCCCAAGCAGUAGUAGCUACAAUGGCCUUGUUGAAACCUUUGAACUUGGCUCUGGAGGACAGACAGAAUUCCACAAAGUGCAGGAACUAAGGGAUGGUGAAAAUGAAGAAGAGAGCUCUAAAGAUGAACUGUCGUGUCAGCUGACAGAACAUGAGUAUCUUCCCAGUAAUUCUUCAACAGAACACGAUAGACUUAGCACUGGAAUGACCAGUCAGGAUGGGGAAGAGGGAACUAGCGAUAGUGCAGAGUACCAGUAUACCAGACCAAUGUAUAGCAAACCCAGUAUCAUGUCUCACAAGCGGUGGAUCCAUGUGAAACCAGAAAGGUUUGAACAAGACUGUGAAGGCGUUGAUAAUCCUUAUGAUGAACACCAAGUUUCUGAAUCCAUGAAUACCAUCCAGGCAGAUCACUCAAUCCAGUCUUCAGGUGUUGAAGAUUUUCACAUAGGUGACAAAAAGAUGGAAGCAGAAUUUGAUGAACAGGCAGAUGAAAGUAAUUACGAUGAACAAGUUGACUUCUAUGGGUCGUCUAUGGAAGAAUUUUCUGGUGAAAGGGCAGAUGGAAAUUUAAGUGCUCACAGACAGGAUCUUAUGAUGGCAGCAGGCUAUGGUGAAAGCAUUGAUAUGGCUGCUGGGAUUAAAGAAGAAACGUCUCUCACUGGAUUUUCCCAUGCCGAUAAGCUCUAUCCUUGUCAGUGUGGAAAAAGCUUUACACACAAAAGUCAGAGAGAUCGGCAUAUGAGUAUGCACCUUGGUCUUCGACCUUAUGGCUGUGGUGUCUGUGGUAAGAAAUUCAAAAUGAAACACCAUCUUGUAGGCCAUAUGAAAAUUCAUACAGGCAUAAAACCGUAUGAGUGUAACAUCUGUGGGAAAAGAUUUAUGUGGCGGGACAGUUUUCAUCGGCAUGUGACCUCCUGUACCAAGUCCUAUCAGGCUUCUAAAGCUGAGCAGAAUACUACUGAGAUGAACUAAGACAUUAGUGCUUACAUUUGUUUGGUAGAGUAAGAAAAAUAAACUAAUUAUGCAAAUAAUGUCUGGUACUUGCUAUUGUACAUUCUCAAAAAAAAGUUUUAAUAAGUAUGCUGGUAUAAACAGAUCAAAUGUAUUUUGCUUCCUGCAAUAUUACUUCGGGUGUUUAUUGUGGGAAGUGCAUGUGGUUAAUCUGAAAGGUGCCUGCAAAAUGAGGUCUGAGAUCGAUUGUAAUCACAGCAGUAUUUAGAAGCCGUCUUGUAUUUCCAAGUCAUCUAAAUUCACAGUAAAACUCAGCUCUAAAUUGCCAAAAAUCCUGAAAAUACUUAGAUGAAUGAGAAAUUCAGGUUCUCAGGUUCCAUUAAUUUUCCUUAAUGGAAAAGAAAAUUAAGAUGAUCAAACUGGCUUAUACGACUCACAUUUAAAUGAAGAAAAAAAAGAGAAUUCCAUCUCAAGGUGAAGACUGCCAACAUACUUAACAUGCAUCAUUAGGUAGUGUGCAUCAUUCAGUAGCCUUUGUUGUAUUGCUUAAUGAAAGGCAGUGGUAAAGGUGGUUUGUCUUUCCAUUAUCCAUAUUCUUUUUUAAAAAUUUUUCUUCAGUAAAAUAAAUGUCUAAUUUUGUGCUGAUUUCUAUUUAGAGUCUGUAAUGCACUUACAGUUUUCACUAUAUAAACUUCAGUAUAUAUUAAGUAUACGUCAUACUUGCUCUUCUAGGGUCUAAUGCUGUACGACUCUUGACUUCAUUAGAUUUUAAUUACUAUGUUGUGAGAGCUUCUAGAAGUGUGUGUAAUAAGUAUGUCUUAUUAAAAAAUAAGACACCAACUAAAAGUAAAAUGUAACGUUUGAAACUUAGUCAAAACGGUCAAAUAUUUAAAGUGUAAAUUUCUAUUCAAAUUUUUGUGGCUUACUACAGUAGCAAGUACCAAACUCUGGAUUCAUGAACUGACUUGUUAUUGGUACAAGAACUUCUUUGAGAACUUCUAUCUAGUUUUAGAAACCUACUUGAGGAAAAUUACAUAGUCAUUGAUAGGUAUUUAUACUUUUAAUUCUUUACUAUUUGAAUAGUAUAUAAUACUGAUUCUUGGUACUGAACUACUGUGACUGGUAAUCACAAGCAGAGAUCUUGUUUACUUCCUCGAAGUUGCUUGUGGAAAAAAGUAGGAAGCAUGUGAUUUGGAUCUUCUAAUGGUACUGCAGAACAUGGUACCAUGCUUAUGUCUGAAGCUGGUAUUUUUGCUGAGAAAGUGACACUUGUUCUAUGUUAAGAUGAAGAUCUAUGUGUGGGGCUCUCAUUCAUGGAGAUAGAUGGAGCAGUGAGUAUAGUUCUAAGGGAUGCUGCCAGCUCUGCAGAUUGAGUAAAGGCAUCCGUUGAAAGGUGACAACAGGAUCUUGGGGUUGAAAGCUUAAUGCAGUCCAAUGCAAAAGCAAUUGCUUCUUAGUAAGCAAAAGCUUCUUCGUAGCUUACUGAAAUAUGACAAGGAAAGAACAUACAUAGAAUAUAAUAGAAAGAGGUGAUAACCAAGUACAGUGCUGUCCACAUGGGGAAAAAGUUAACCAGCUUUAAAGACCUAAGCCUCUCUGGCCCCAAUUUCUGUAUUAGGCACUGCUGUGUGCAGGAUAAUGUACUGGAACAGAUGACCCUGUAUGGUGAAGCAAAACCACACAAAGAUUAUUACACUUCAGAUUCUUCUUUGAACUCCCAGUUACAAAUUGUCUUAAGGUACAACUGAACUGUAUCCUGAAAGUGAAUGUCUGCUGCAAGAUGAGGGUUUUCUACUCAGUGAGCUGUAAUUACUGUAAUUUCUUUACUGGCAUUCUACUUAAAAACUUUUUUUUUUUUUAAGAGGCUCUUAAUUAUUAAUCUUCUAAUGCUUCAAAUAUUUUUUCAUAUGGAAUACAGAUGCUCCCAAGUACAAUGAACCCAUUGCUGGCAAUGGGCAUAAAUGAUCAGCGCCACAGAGUUCCUGUUCUCAGCACUUAAUUAAACUCUACAAAUACCAUGGUGGCUAUGUUUAACCUUUGUGAUCAAGGUACUGAAACAGGGAUUUUGCUCAUUAACACUGUAACCUGCUUAAUGUAUAGCACUUUGUAUUUAAACAAAACAAAACCAAAAAAAAGAAAAAACAA